AUGCUCUAUAGAAAAUUAUUUUUCAUAUUUUUGAAAUUGACCAAAUACUUUCACUUCAAUAUAUCUAAAUAUUAAAAAAAUAAAAUUAUUAAAAUUUAAAAAAAAUCAACCUCUAAAUUAAUAUAUUCAUCACCAGGACCAAAAACUUAAUCCAUAAUAUCCCUUGGAGGUGAUAGAGAUAGAACACUUUCCCCUAGUAGAGCUAAGAUUUCUUAAUUAUCAGAAAAACUAUCUAAUCUCCAAGAUUCAAUUGAUGAGGAUUAGGCAGUAUAGAAUUUAUAAUACUGAAUAGUUUAAAAAAGAUACUUUCGAAUAAAUGGUUCAGGUUUUAUUAGACAAAGCAAUAAAAAAGCAAUAACGAGAUGAAUAAAAGUUUAAGCUAUUAAAAGAAUAAUUAUAAAAUGUAGAGGAAGGAGCUUAAAGUGAGAAAAUUAUUAGAGAAGUAAGACAAAAAUUGAAUUAUCUUAUAGAGUGGAGAUGAAAAAUUAAGACCCAAAUAUUUGAAAGGGUUAGAAUUAGUUUUAGGAUAAGAAUUAUAGUUGUAAAAGUAAAUAGAAAAGAUUAUGAAUAAAAAAUAACGAAAACUACAGAUGAUAGAGUUUACAGUCUUAGACUAGAUUUAGCCAGAUAAAAAAGUAUAGAAAAGAAACAGAAGAAAAAAUGCUUAAGAAAUUGGGGAUAGAAUUUUAUAAUUAUAAGAAGAAGUUGAAGAAGAAAGAAGAUUAAGGUUUUAUUUAUAUAACCUAUAGGGAAUAGGAAAUUAAUAAAUUAUUAAAAGUUUGGGAGAUUCAAUAUUGA